AUGGGAUUGCAUCCUGAUAGCCCCCUCUGCAGUUCAUUAACCAGGCUGCCCCCCAAAACCGUCUGGGCGUUAAUGAAGAAGGUCGAAGAAUACUGCAAAGUGGAAGACGAUGCCCUACGAGUCAAAGCUGGACGAAAAUCCGUUGAGACGACCACGUCGAGAAUUGUUCAGCCGAUUAGCUUUGUGCCAUCAAGAAACCCCAAGCAGCAGAAUCGACCUAAACGAGACAAAAGGUGUGACUCGCGCCGAUCAAAUGACCAAUGUUCACAUCGAGCCAAUGAACAGUAUCAAGUGAAUAGCAAGCGCACAAGGCACUCAAGCAAGAAAUACAUGGAGCUAACAAAGCCGAUCAAUAAGACUCUGUCGAAACUACAACACCUUCCAUUCUUGAAGUGGCCGCCCAAGAUGAUGGGACCUCCCGAUGCGAGAAAACAGGAUAAACGGUGUGAGUAUCAUAAAGACUACGGUCACGACACCGAUAGUUGUUAUGCAUUAAAAGAUCACCUUGAAGAAUUGGUGCAAGAUGACCAUCUUACCCAACACGUCCGAAAGAGCAAUUCAACAAAUACAGUAGCUCUAUGGUCGAAGUCACCUCCUCUUGGUGUAAUUCAUAUGAUAUACAGCUUGUCGGCAUCAUCCGAGGAGCAUACAAUCCAGUUGCCAUCUAGCCCCCAUAGCCCAAUCACACCAGCGAAAUGGCCCCAUGACACAGGAAUGAUUAGUCUCGAUGAUAGUGAUUUAGUUAGAAUGACCGACCCCCACACCGAUACCCUUGUCAUCGAGCUAUGCAUAAACAGAUUCACCAUUGAGCGUGUUCUCAUUGACCAUGGCAACACUUCAAAAAUAAUGUAUUACAAAACUAUCGUCAAACUUGGUUUUACCGACUCGAACCUGUCGCCGGCUGAUUACCCGUUAUUAGGCUUUAAUGCUAACCUGGAGUAUCCUUUGGGCAAAAUCACACUGCUAAUACGGGCCGACAUCGGAUUAGUAGACGUUGAAUUUCAGGUUGUCAAGCUUCCUUCGCCAUAUAAUCUCAUCUUGGGUAAAACAUGGUUACAUACGAUGCAAGCCGUGCCAAGCACCUACACCAACUACUUCAUUUUUCGACUGAAUACGGUAUCGAACAAAUUCGCGGCUCUCAAAAAUCAGCGGAAGCAUGCUAUCUUCUAG